CACUUCUCUAUCUGUAAUAUAUACAUGUAUAGUGGACAUAGAGAGAUAAUACUCUGAGAUUCUCAAAUGAAAUGAAAUAGCGUGAUACAAAGCAGCCAGGAUCAUUUUUUACUAAUUGGUGCGUAUUUGAUGCUUCUUCUGCUUAUUCGCCCUUAAUCUCUGACGAACCAGUGAAGCUGAAAUUAUCAAUGUCUGAGACAAUGUAAAUGAGAAUAAAGUACUUAUGUCUAGCUUCUGUUAUCUACAAAUAUUUCGAUAAGCCCUGUACAUCAUGAUAGCCACUGAUCUAGAUAGUUAAGAUAAGACCAUAAGAGCCGUGCUUCAGUACUGAUUAUAAGCAAAAGUUCGUCUUGUUUUCCAAUAACAAUGAGCUAUACAAGUGACAAAGACCAAAAGAAGGAAGCUGUGGACGUUACCGCCGAUGUCACGACCCUGAAGGAUGAUCUAGAGGCUAAUGGAAUGAAUGCAGAAUUUAUCAAUCUUCGUACGACGGGAUGGGUGCAAGCAAUUCCGCUGAUUCUCAAAGUCCAAAUAGGUUUGGGUGUGCUGUCAAUCGCAAGUACAUUAACGUCACUAGGAUACGCCCUUGGAACUGUUGUUCUUGUCUUCAUAGGCUUUUUGACAACGUACUCAAACGUGAUAAUUUCAAAUUAUGUGCAGGAACAUCCAGAGAUAGACACAGUUAGCGAUAUUGGCUACAGCUUAUUUAAACGACCCGGCAAGGAAAUUUUUGAGGUGGCAUUCUGUAUCUAUAUGAUCAUGAUCGUCUCAUCUGGAUUAUUGGGCAUGUCUACAGCUCUAAGUCAGUUAUCGGAUAAUGGUGCUUGCUCGGUCAUAUUCGUCAGUGCGAUGGCUAUCGUUGUUUUCCUUCUCGCUUCACUCCAUCAAGCGCGCUAUGUCAGCUAUGCAGCAUGGUUCGGUGUUGGAUGCAUAAUUGUCAGCGUUAUGAUUGUAACUAUUGCUGUGGCCGUGGCUGAUAGACCAGCAGCUGCCCCUGUUGGUGAAUACAAUCUUGGUCUAACUGCAAGCGUUGAAGGGUCUUUUGUGGAUGUAAUGUCAGGAAUCUCAACGAUCAUUUUUGCAUACGGCGGUUUACCUGCAUUUAUACCAAUCAUGAAAGAGAUGAAGCAGGAGAAAGACUUCACCAAAAGUCUUUACGUCGGACAAGGGAUCACCACAGUGUUUUACAUCAUUGUAAGUCUGGUUGUCUACACAUAUUGUGGACAGUAUAUCUCCUCGCCAGUGCUAGGUAGCGCAGGGACUAUUAUCAAGAAGAUUAGCUACGGAAUUGCAUUCAGUGGAUUACUAGCCGGUGCAGUGGUUGUUGCACAUCUCCUCGCAAAAUCGCUGUUCGUCAGAAUUUUCAAGAGAUCUCAAUAUUUGUACAAGAAGAGCGCCCGCCAUUACGUCUAUUGGAUGCUGACAGUUGCCGGUGGAGUUGUCGUCGCCUACAUUGUCGCAAAUUGCAUACCCUAUUUCGAUCUGGUCAUUUCGCUUGUUGGUGCAAUUUUUAUGACAUUCUUUGUCAUAGUCAUGCCAGGAUUGGUAUUCCUCAUGAAAAACGACAAUAAUAAGAAUGGAGUCGAUGCAUGUAGACAUUGGUUUGACUGGACAGCCAACGUUUUCAUGGUGCUCUUUGGCGUUUUCGUUAUGAUUUCAGGUACCUAUGCCACUUGUAUUCUUUUAAGACAGCAGUACGGCGAUACGACACCAUUUAGCUGCUAAUUGUUUAAUUUUAUAGAUUGUUUUAUUUUGUUUCAGCGUUUUUUGUGAAUCCUCGUUAUCUUAUCAGAGAGCCCAGUCAAGUUAAUUGAACCGAGAUAUCAGUUAAUGUACUCAUGCGUUCAUUAGAUAACUCAGGUAGAACCAGCAAGCUAAGCCCUUGACGAUAGUAAAAAUGGCACCAACGCACAGAUCCCGCAAUUCCAGCGCCGAUAAUGGAGAUAGAGCAUGGUCUGAAGAAGAGGACAAGCUAUUGUUGCGUCUAGUGAAAGAAUAUGGGAGUGAAAGAGGUAGACGGAGCAGCUGGCCAUUGAUAGCGUCCUAUUUUGGUGGUAAGAGAACGAUGAAACAGUGCCGUAAGCGUUACUUCUAUACACUGGACUCAACUAUCACGCACGGAAAGUGGUCGAGGGAAGAAGAUAACAAGCUUCUAAGUUUGAUAGAUGUCUUUGGGCAUAAAUGGAAGGAGAUUAGUUUUGAGAUGACCGGGCGCACAGACGAUCAGUGCUCCUCAAGAUAUCUGAACUGUCUACAGUGCAAAAAAACGCCUUGGACGGCUGAGGAAGACGCUACACUUCUCAAUCUAUACGAAGUCGAUGGUCCAUUGUGGACAAAGAUCUCCAGCUCGUUGCCAGGUAGGUCAGCUCUGAAUUGCCGCAACAGGUAUCGUAAAUUUGGCGGUAAGGUGUACAAAGCGCGCAAACUAAGUGCAUCCGGGUCGAAAAAGGAUUAUGUUAAUAGCGAUAGUCAGAAUGAGUCGACGGACGGAUCCACGUUUGACGUGCAUGACUGUGCCAACAAAUCGUCUGAUAUAUCUAGCUCUAAUGACAUCGAAAACUUCAAUGUGGUUGUUGCAAGAAUGUUUCCUCAGUUAGUUCCUCAGGAUGCGUUUAAUACGCUUUUCAUGAUGCAGCUCAACGCCAUACCCACUGGAGCCACUCCUAUUCAAUCCGACGCGUCACCGCUGUUUCCUGAAGAAGCGGAGUUUCGACAAGUGAGUCUGCCGCCGUCCAGUUCGCC